AUGGUCGAGCCAGAAGCCGGUAUCAUGCGCCUUGCACGCGAGACUCGUCAGAUGAUUUACGAUUACAUCGUCAGCGACACCCCAGAUCGGACCAUCAGAGUGACACUGGUCAAGUCGACACUGAAUUCGAAAGACAAGCUUCAGAAAGACAAGCCCCAGAAGGAAGAGCCCCCGAAAGACAAGCUUCAUGUCGAGAAUUGGGGAACUAUCCUGAAUCUUAUCUGCACGCAUUGGACCUUCGAAAACGAAGUACUAUCCUACCUGUACCAAAGCUUUACAUUCGUAUUGACAGAUAGCGAACGCACUUGUCGCCCCAUUGUUGGAGCUUUCUAUCGAGCCCUGGCGCCUAAGAACAGAGUCCGUGUACGAAGGAUUGCCAUUCCUUUCUUUACCAUUCGUAACCUUUUCGACCCCGCCUAUUUCGAUGAUUCGUCUGUGCUUCAACGUUCCCAGGAACACCGUCUUAACAUCAUCGAUAAUGCCCAUCUCCACCCAUACGUACUCAGAAUCUUGGUUCUAAGCGAUGAUACACGGCUUCAGAAAGAACAAGCCAAGUUACUCGAAGAACUCGUUUAUGCGCUCCUCCUAUUGAAUCAGAUGCCGGGUUUGGAGUGCCUCACACUCGGUGUCGACGUCCUUGAGUUCCUAACCGAAAGUAUCCUCCGGCCCGAAGGAAUCUACCGGGGCGAGCCAUCGGUGCCAACAUCGGAUCUUACUGUCCUCAUUGAUCAAGUCAGGCAAGGCAAACUGCAUCGCUGGCAUCGUUUGAUCGAUGUUCUGGGUGGGAUCAGAGGCUUAGGUAAACUGCGCUACGUUCGACUGGAACUAGACUGGAGUAACUUCGUGCAGGACAAAUAUCAGAGAGCUGGUGUGACAUUCGGACCACCAUGGACGAAGGAUGUCAAGGAAGAGAUGGAGCUACGAUUCAGCAAAAUGGUCACUGCAUCUAUCACGAGCAUGGUUGCGAGGACGGAGUAUAAACGGCAGGAGGUAUUGGAUUUCCCCGGUAUUAACGUUGUCUCGGGGAAUGUCUAA